UCGCCCGCCCGUUAGCUCCGCCGCCCGUUAACUCCCUUUUUUUUUUAAAUUUAUUAUUUUUUUCUAAUUCCCGGGGAGCGACCGAUCUGACUGGAAGCUGCGACAUGUCCGAGCUGCUCGCAGACAGCGGUGCCCAGCAGAUGCCCGCCGCGGCGGGCAGCAGAGACGUGCCGCAGGCCGAGGGCGGCGGCGGCGGCGGCAGGCGGGAGCGGGCUGAGGAGGCCGGAGGGGCUCCGGCGGAGGAGGCCGGGGAGGGUCCCGCGGCGGCAGCGGCGGCGGCGGCCGGAGGAGCUCCCGCGGCGGAGGCGGCCAUGGCGGCGGCCGGGGGCGAAGCGGGAGCGGCCGAGGCGGCGCGCCUGCUGGCGGAGCCCGCGGAGCCCGUGGCCCGCGAGGGGCGGCCCAGGUCCCGACCCCGCAGCGGCCCGGGGCUGGCGGCGCUGCCCUACCUGCGCCUGCGCCACCCGCUCAGCGUGCUGGGGAUGAGCUACCAGCAGUUCCUGCGCCAGUACCUGGAGAACUACCCGAUGGUGCCGGGCCGCGUGCAGGAGCUGGGCGAGCGCCGCCGCCGCUUCGUGGAAGCCUGCCGGGCCCGCGAGGCCGCCCUGGCCGCCGAGCACCGGCGGAACCCGCCCCGCAUGGAUUUUGAUUUCCUCACGUUCACCAUGGCGCGGACGGCGUCGGAGGUGAUCAACCCCCUGAUCGAAGAACUGGGCUGCGACAAGUUUAUCAAGAGAGACUAGAGCACGGCCGGGGAGGCGGCGAAGCGACUUGAGGGAGGAAAAUUUAAAAAAAAAAAGAAAAGAAAAGAAAAGGGGGGCGGCCUCCUCAUCCGAGACUGCCAGCAGCGAGCCUGGGCCUGGACUUUUUUUCCUCUCCCUUUAUGAUGAUUCUUUUUCUUUCUUUCCAAGCGAUUGCUGCUGACGAGAACGAGGCAAAGCGCCGCGGGGAAGCCGAUGGUGCUGGGGGGGGGGGCUGGGGGGCCGGGGAGGCGGCGUUUGGAGGAAAACAAACAAAAAAAGCACCAGGAAUGCAAAGGACCAGGGUGGACGGCGGUGUGACUCUGACGUUCCAUCUGAAUCGGCGACAGAUCCAGAUUCUGCUGCCUCCCUACCCCACCCCACCCCAUCCCCAAGCCCCCCCGCCUCUUGCAUCGUGGGGAUAUGGGAAAUUUGCUAUGACAGGAAAAAAAAAAAAAAGAUUUGUGUGAAAUUGCAAAAAAAAAAAAAAAAAAAAGAUGAAGAAAUGGCCGGUGUUGGGAGAGGAAGCCAGCAGAGAAAUGGCGUGAGGCGGCCAAGUCGCUCGGUCGGGACCGUGGAGCAGCCGACGUGCUCGGAGGAUGCGCCCGUGUCCAGUGUAGCCUUCAGUUUUCGUGUUUUUUCAAGUGACGAGCCUAUUCCUUGAUAAAUCGUGUUUUCAAGAAUAGCUGGGAUUUCUGGAUUUUUUUUUUCCUCCCCCUUUCUCGGUGUUUUGGUUUUUAUUGUUAACUUUGGGAGGGGGGAGGGCAAAUCCCGUCAGCAAGCUCUCCCCACCCCCAAGUUUAAACCUUCCACCUCUGCCCCCUACACCCCACCUCCUGCCCCACAGCCCCUUUUCAGUUCUUCCAGUGACCUUCCAAGCAAAUGGAAAUCGGGGUGGGAGGGGAAAGGGGAGUCUCACCAAACAAACAAAAAAGGUUGGCAUUUUUACAGAUUUCUGUUACUUUUUUCUUAACCUAUCUUGAAGAUCACCCGACAUCCCCCCUUUUUUUUCUUAUAGCUGCACUUUAUUCCAUUCUGUCGUUGUGAUUUAUUUAACCUGGAACAUACUGGUGAACAUUUGUUCCUGUCUUUUCCAUUGGCAGAAAGAAAAAUGCUAUUAAUAGUUAAUCUGUACACUUACACAUGGUAUCUGCACAAAUAUAAUAUUGCUUCGAUCCUAAGUGCACUUUUCAUAGUUUUGUGUCUCUGACAUUUGGGUUUACUUUAAAUUUGAUAGUGUAAUAGCAUGUUUCCUUUGGUUUUCAUAAAAAUGGUACAUCUUAUAAGUAA